AUGAAGUUUUCCAAUUCUUUCGUUUUAGCUUUUGCUGCUUGUGCACUUGCUGUUCCGGCACCAGCUGUCAAUUUAGGCUACAAAGAUCACGCUGUUGUUCCAGUUGCUAAAAGAGAAGAAGACUGUCAAGAACCAGUUUUCCAUGGUCAUCAUAAACAUAAGAGAGCUGUAGUUUAUGAAUAUGCCUAUGUUACAGUUACUGUUGAUGCCAAGGGUAAUCCAGUUACUACUACUGCUACUACUUCUACCGAAUCAACUGGUGAUGCUCAACAAACUGAUAAUACUUCACUGGAUAUUUCAUCCACCACCACCAUUGUUCAAAAUGAUUCGUUAACUUCAAAUGAACCAUCAACAUUGUCUUUACCUAGUGGAACCAUUACUCCAUCAACUUCUUCAGCUGAAGCUUCUUCAACUGGUGGAUCUUCUUCUUCUUCCAAUGGUAUUAAUGGAGAUUUAUCUGCUUUCCAAGAUCCAUCUCAAGAAUUCCCUGACGGUGUUUACUCAUGUGAUUAUUUCCCAUCAGGACAAGGUGUUAUUGCCUUGGAUCACUUGGGAUUCGGUGGUUGGUCAGGUAUUUACAACAGUGACACAUCAACUGGUGGAUCAUGUAAAGAAGGUUCUUAUUGUUCAUAUGCAUGUCAGAGUGGUAUGUCCAAGACUCAAUGGCCAGAUAAUCAACCAUCAAAUGGUGUUUCAGUUGGAGGAUUAUUAUGUAAAAAUGGUAAAUUAUACAAGACCAAUUCAAGAUCAAACUACUUGUGUGAAUGGGGUGCCGAUAAAGCCCGUGUUGUCAGUAACAUUGAUAAAUCAGUUGCCAUUUGUAGAACUGAUUAUCCAGGUACUGAAAAUAUGGUUAUUCCAACUGUGGUUGAUGCAGGUUCCACUUCUGUUAUUACUGUUGUUGAUCAAGAUACUUAUUACAAAUGGAAAGGUGGUGCUACCUCAGCUCAAUUUUACGUAAACAAUGCCGGUGUUUCAUACCAGGAUGGGUGUCUUUGGGGUUCAUCUGGUUCUGGCGUUGGUAAUUGGGCUCCAUUAAAUUUCGGUACUGGCUAUGCUAGUGGAAUUGCUUAUUUAUCAUUGAUUCCAAAUCCAAAUAAUUAUGAUUCAUUGAAUUUUAAUGUCAAGAUUGUUGCUGCUGAUGAUUCUUCAAAUGUUAGUGGACAAUGUGUUUAUGAGAAUGGUAAAUACAAUGGAAAUGGAAAAGAUGGAUGUACUGUUGGUGUUACCAAAGGUAAGGGUAACUAUGUCUUGUAUAACUAG